AUGGCUCCACAAAUGCAUCAAUUCAAUCUGUAUGCUUCUCAACCCAUCCAUUUUUACCAAAACCAAUCCCAAACAAUACCUCGUCCAAAUUUGGAUCUUGAUCCGUUUGAGACAGUUCAAGAAACUCAAUUCUUUUCACAAGCUCAACCCCAAAGUAAUUUUCAAUGCCAACCACACCGCCUACUUAAUGAGUCAACUGAUUCAUCUGAUGAAGGACCUGUUGAAGAAUCAUUUCAAGAGCUCCAAGCAAAGGGAAAAAGGAAGAAUCCAAGCAAAGGGAAGGCUCAAUGCAAGGGGUGGAUAGGUGAUGAAGACACUGCACUAGUGCAAGCAUGGCUACAUGUGCCGGAGGAUCCAGUGACGGAAAACGACCAAAAUUCGACGACCUUCAAAGCUAGAGUUUGGCAUAAUUUCUGGCACCGAACGAAAAGGCAGUACUACAAUCCUGAUCAACUUUACUCCAAAUGGAGGAUUGCCAACAAAGCCACAAUGGAGUUUAACAACAUCUACAUGAAUGCGAUCCGCAACGCCCAAAGUGGUGCAAAUGAGGUGGAUGUGUUAGAAAAUUUUUGUAAUAUUUACAAGGCCAAAGUCGGAAAACCUUUUGGUAAUGAGGCAUUUUGA